AUGUGCCAGAUCCAGCCAGAGGACUCUCGCAGUUUUGAAUGGGCCCAUCUCCAAGGUGACUACAGUCAAUGGAAGAAGCACAUCAGUGACAAUACACAAAUCGUUCUCUCUUCCCUGUUCCCUGGACUCUUGUAUGAGAUGGUAGUGUUUGCUGUAUGCCAUUGUGAGAUGAGUCCGCCCUCAGUUGUUUCGGAUGGCAUUUUCCUGAUUGCCACUUACAAUGACGCUAACAAUGCCCCGCAGACAGAGAAGCUCACCUGUAGAAUGUUGAUCCACCUCUGUCUGGUGGAUGUCCCAGGGAUUCCCGGUCAGAAGUUUCUGAUCCAAGCCUACACCACCAAAGGACUGAGACAGAGUGCCCCUCACAGCACAUUUCACUCCACAACUGGAAUCUGGAUUCCUCAGACAGUCCUGGGUCUGUUAGACAACUCCAGCUCCACCUCUCAUCUACACCUUACGAUCCUCCCCCCUACUUACUCUUACUUCAACCUAUACAACAUAGAGGUGUUCAAGGAGAAUGGAUCUGAGCUGCUGUUUGAUCAAAACAUCUCGCUAAGUCACGAUGAGACAGACAUAUUCCUGUGGAAUCUUACAGCCGGCACCUUGUAUAACUUCUCUGUUACAACUAGAACAAUCUGGGAAGAAAGUGACAUAUAUUCCACAGAAUUUGUUACAUACCCUAACAGUCCUGAACAUUUGCAGAUAAAAGAGGUCACCAACUCCAGUGUGACCUUGACCUGGAUGCCAGUGACCUCUGGAGGCCUGGAUUAUUAUCAGUGUAGUAUAUCUCCCAGGGAAACCAACACACAGUCUCCAGUCGAGCAAGCUAACCUUCAGAUCAGACAAGUGACCUUCAAUAACCUUGUCCUCGGGAAGAAUUACACUGUAGCUGUCCGAGCUGCCAAACAGAAAAAGCUAAGUCCCCAGAUCACAGCAGAAUUACUCACAGUUCCAAAUCCACCAGAGAUGGUGAACAUAACUCCUAUCAGCGGCAGAGAACUGGAUGUUGAUUGGUCACCACCAUCCAAUGGAAUUGUGGAUUACUAUACUCUGUACCUGACAGCAGACCACACCCACCCAAUAAAUGUAACAGAGAAAGUAUACAUAGGUUAUCACAGGUUUACCUCCCUACACCCUGGGGAGACCUACACAGUCCAUAUCAGGUCACAUGUAGCCAACAUGAUGAGUUCAGAGGUUACCCAGUCAGCCAUGACAAACCCCAGCUCUGUGGCUGAGUUGUAUGUGGAUCAUGUAGGAACUAACACAGUUAAUAUUUCCUGGCCCAGACCUAAUGGUAGUACAUUUGAUACCUUCCAGAUUGCUAUAGACGCCCGUCAUGCACAGUCUCCCAUUUCCAUCCCAGAAUCCAGUGACAUUUUACAGUACACCUUCACUAACCUUACCCCCGGUCAGCUCUACAAGAUUUCCAUCACCACGGUCAACAAGGGCACCCAGAGUGACCAGGCCAGUGUUCAUGUAAUCACAGAACCAAUGCCUGUAGAAGAUUUGAAUGUGACCUCUGGUGACCCCCACACUCUCAAUGUGGAGUGGAGAACAGUUGACCCCAGACAACAACAUCACUUCAUUCUUCAGUACCAUGACUGGUUAGACAGUGGUAAUACAUCUCUACCCAUGGUUCUUGCUCUCCAUGAUAAAUUUAAGUACGAGACACACAUCCUAAAUCUGAGGCCAGGUCACCAUUACUCUGUGUACAUUCAGGCAAAACAGGUCAUGGAUACAGGGAAUGGCUCCCUUGUAGCCUACAGCUCAUGGCAGAGUGUCAACAAGACUACAAAACCCAACAAGGUAAUGAAUUUGACAUACACCUCGUCCCAUAAUGACAUCACCCUGACAUGGUUGCCAGGCAACGACAGCAUACAGGAUAGUUACUUUGUCUGGUACAGUCAGUGGAAGAAAAACAUCAGUGACAAUACACAAAUCGUUCUUUCUUCCCUGUUCCCUGGACUCUUGUAUGAGAUGGUAGUGUUUGCUGUCAGCCAUUCUGAGAUGAAUCCGCCCUCAGUUGUGUCUGCACUAAUGCCUCCCCUACCUCCUAGCAGUGUAGAAGUAACAUCUGUCACCAAUAACAGCCUUUCUCUCAAGUGGACAUACAACAGUAACACAACCUACGUAGAGAGCUGGAAUCUCACGUACAUCAGUCUGAUAGACAGUGUGUCUAACACAGUUAAUAUCCAGGCCAACUCAUCAAACAACACUGUUAGAUACAAUAUUACUGGACUUACUUCUGGACACACCUAUAAUAUCACUAUCUACAGUAUUGUGCAAAAGUCUGUCUCCAAGUCUGUGAAAUUGAAUGUCUCUGUCCGUAAAGCCAGAAAUACAGUUUUGUCUGAGGGAAAUGUUGGAAGUAAAAACAUCACAGUCUUAUACACUGACACUGACAACUACUUUGAGUAUUAUGUGUUUGAGCUGGUGGCCACGUCAACAAUAGUGAAUAAGAACAGAACUGACACAGAUCGCAGUGUGGUGUUCUCAGGUCUAGAGGGAGGGACCCAGUACAGUAUCGAAGUGACUGCUGUCAGUGGGGACCAGUCCAGUCCUCCCACUUUUAUACAGAUACGUACUUUGCCUGAGCUACCAUAUGUUGGUAGAGAGAAGUCAGCUAACUAUAUUAAGUUAACCAUCCAUAAACCAAAUGGAAAUGUUGAUUCGUACCGUGUAACGUGUUCCAAAAGUUGUGGAUCCCAAACAAGACCAGCAAACCAGACAACAGUUGUGCUAGAGUUCGGUCCCCUGAAUCCAUACACAGAUUAUCAGUUUGAAAUUGAAGCCAUUGCUGGGGAUAAACACAGCUCCCUCUUUAUCUCCUCCAGGACAGAAGAAUCAGCACCCUCUGCUGUUCAGAACUUGAAUGUGGUUGAGAUUUCACCCAGGACUGUAAAUGUGAGCUGGUCACCCCCUAGAAAUCCUAAUGGAAUCAUCCGUUCUUAUCACAUAGCCUACACUGCAGAGGAUGAGUUUGGGCACAUUAUGGACCAAGGUGAGAAGGACAUUGGAGUGACCACAGAACUUAUGGCUGCCCAGCUUAUCAGGGAGAAAUUCACAGACCUUAAGGCUGGACUCAAAUAUACAUUCAAAGUGUCAGCUAGAACUGUAAUAGAAAAUAUUCCAGCGAAGUUUGAAAUUGUUCUACGCACCUACAAUCCUCCUAUCAAAGACAGCCUGACCUUGAGUCAAACAAAACCAAAGCAGCUGACCUCAGGAGGUCAAACUGUGACCCCCUCCACCAUUACGGCCAACUUUACAAAUGCCUUCUCUGAUAAGUACGGCAGUAUACAGGCCUACACAGUCAUUAUAGCCACAGACCCUGAUGAGGAGCACAUCAAAACCAGCACCCUGCCCGACUGGAAGGCUGCCCAGAUCAACCCCAACAUCAAAGCCUACCAGACCAUUCGGAACUGCUCGGACUUCUUCCAGUUGACGUCUUCCUGCGGUCGAGCUCGGUCCAGGCGGAGUGUGGGGGAGAAGAAUUUUAAAGUGUUUGAGAUUGGUGUGGAGGCAGAUUGUAAUAAUGUGUUGUACUGUAAUGGUCCACUCAAACAGAACACUAAGUACUACAUCAGACUGCGGGCUUACACAGCGGGGGGAUACGCUGACACUGCUUACUCAGAUCCUAUCACCACAGGGAUAGUCCCUGCCCCAGAUGAUGAAGCCAGUGUGGGAGCAAUCGUCGCAGCAGUCGUCUGUUCUGUCUUUGUCAUUGUCUUCAUCAUCGCCAUCUUCUUCUUCCGAAGUCGGUUACAGAAAAAGAGCCCAGAGGGACCACCAGGUCAUUCUCCCAGAACAAGCUUCAGUCGACACAAGAAAAGUCAUGAGUUCAAGGUGGCAGACUUCAAGGAGUACAUUAAGACAUUGUCAGCUGACUCGGAUUUUAAAUAUGCUGAACAAUUUGAGGAUCUGAAGGAAGUAGGAAGAGAUCAGUCCUGUUCUGCAGCAGAGCUCCCAGUCAAUCGGGGGAAGAAUCGUUUUACCAAUAUUUUACCCUACGACCAUUCCCGUGUCAAACUCCUCCCCACAGAUGAUGAAGAAGGAUCAGACUACAUCAAUGCUAACUAUAUGCCGGGAUUUACAUCCAAGAGAGAAUACAUCGUGACACAGGGGCCACUACCUUCCACCAGGGAUGAUUUCUGGAGAAUGAUCUGGGAGCAAAACGUCCGUAAUAUUGUCAUGUUGACUCGCUGUACAGAAAAAGGCAGGGAGAAAUGUGAUCACUACUGGCCUACUAAUUCAGAUGCCAUGUUUUAUGGAGAUUUACAAGUGGCUGUUCUCUCAGAGACACGUUUCCCGUCCUGGACCAUCACAGAAAUGAGGGUAGCUUAUGGUAACGUCACUCGACCCAUCAGGCACUUUCAUUUCACUGCUUGGCCAGACUUCGGGGUACCAGAAAAGCCUCCAACUUUGAUUAAGUUUGUACGCAUUGUUAGAGAUCAGAUGAUUAGAGAAUGUGGCCCCAUUCUGGUUCAUUGUAGUGCUGGAGUUGGGAGAUCUGGCACCUUUAUUGUGUUGGAUCGCCUUCUACAGGAAAUUAAAGAGCGUGAUAUGGUUGACAUCUUCUCCAUUGUACAUGACCUGAGGAAGGAACGAGUCUGGAUGGUACAGACAGAGCAACAGUACGUGUGUAUACACCAGUGUCUACUGUGUGUGUUAGAGGGCAGGGAAGAGGAACAUGUUUAUCAGAAUGUAGGGAUAGCUAAUGCAGCAUUUGAUGCUGAUGAUGAAGGCAUUAAUGUAGAAAUCCCCUGAGAGGACCUCACUGCCAAACCAUCCUGGUGUUUCCCUGUAAGGCCCCCAUGUCAUCUGACCUAUGUGUCCUAAUUCCUACAGGAUUUGUUGUUUGGAAUCUGAGUAUUUUCUCUUUACAAGGUGUAUUACUUUUUGAAAACAUUUUAAAUUUAAACAUUGCAGUUAACUCCCUUUUUUGUAGAUCACAACAUUGCAGUUACUCCCUUAAUGUAGAUUACAACUUUGCAGUUAGCUCCCUUUAUGUAGAUUACAACAUUGCAGUUAACUCCCUUUAUGUAGAUUACAACUUUGCAGUUAACUCCCUUUAUGUAGAUUACAACGAAUUUUUUUUUUUGUGGGCCUACUAAUAUCAGACUUUUUUUUUCAUAUUUCUUAUGCUGCAUUUUCCCACCACAUUCCAUUACAAACUGCCAGUAUGUACAUAUAUAUGUUUUCUAGUUUUUUCAUUUGAUAUAAAUUCAAUGUUUUAACUGAUAAUAUGCUAUGCUUCUAUUUUUAUUGUGGUAGUGAUAUUACAUGAUAAGGUUGUGUAUUUACGGUUAAUUCUAUCAGAAUUGUUGGUGCUGUCAAUAUUGUGUACAUAUCCAUUCCAUAUCCAUGUAUAUUGUUUUAUUUUUAUGAUAUUUAUUAUAUUUAUUGUUUGACCAUGUUGUUUACUGUGUAUUUUUAGAAAUGACAUUGAAAGUUAAAAAGUGAGGUAUUGUCACAGGUUAAUAAUGACCAAGACACUUCAUAAACUUAUUAUUUUCUGAUAAUAUAAGAAUACAUGUAUUUAAGAAGUUUUGACAUUAUGAACAAAAAGUAAAUUUUUAAAGUUUAUGUACUUUUCAAUUUUUUCAGAAUAUUGUGCCAUUAUAAUGUACGUGUAUUCAGUUUGGUUAGACUUGAUUUUUCUGCAGAUGAAAGUUGUGAAUUAUUGUGCCUUAUGUAGUACUCCUGUAUAAUGAAGUCUCAAAUUGUUGGUCUGUUUACAAGAACAAAAGGCAUUAUAUAUUGAUAUUCAUUAAAAACAGGUUGUGUGAGAUUAGAUAUUUAUUUUUACAAAAUGGUUAUGUAGUAUGUAAUCAGCAUUCCUUGGAAACUUUACGUUUUGUUUAAUUCUUGCACAAGUAUGAGAUUUAAUAAGUAAUGUUGAUGUUAAAUUUACAUCUGUAUAUUUUAUCUGCAAUUUUUUAAUGAAAAUUAACUGUUCCAUUGUGGACUAAUCUUUUUUUAAUUUUUAUAGAAAUCACAUUAAUAUGAUAUUAAGCAUAUAUCCGUAUGUGGAGUAGGAUCUGACGGUAAUUCUCUACUUAAAUGAUUGGCUAAUCAAAUAAUUUGACUUGAUACAUAGACCCCUAUACAAUAUUACAGCGCAUUAAUUCAAUGUAUUUAGAUAUCCCACUUGUUGCUGAAUUUGUCCGAUUUUGCACUGGGGUGUAUAUUUUGUUUUUUGAGAUAUACACUUAAUAUCUUCAAUUUUGGAUUUUUCUGUAAUUACUCUUUAAUUUAAAUAAGUUAUAUAGAAAAUCUUUAGCAAGAAUAUUUGUAUGUUUUUUUUAUCGAUUAUCUGUAUGUUUGUAGGUGUUAAGGUUGAAGUAUAAUGCUAUUAUUCAGGAACUUCUCAGUAUAUUAUACAAAUAUAUAGACAAUAUAAUGGGCAUUUAGGACCACACAUUCCUCGGUCCUUGUAUGUAGGUGUAAUUUAUCUUUUUUUCAUUGCAUUUCCACAAAUUAAUAUUGUUUGUAUGGUCAUAUGACAUAUUUUUGUUUAGUUGUAAUUUUCACAGUGCUACAUGUAUAAGUUAGCAUAUAUAUCAAAAUUAUAAUGAUCCAUUUUUUUUAUUCAUAACUAAUGUCUGGAAGAAAAUGAAUUUUUCAUUAGAUCUAGUCAGCUAUCCAUUUCUGACCUCAAGACCAAAUGUGCAGUUCAGAUAUUAAAAUAUAACAUUGACUUAAUGUUGUUGUGUUUCAAAAUGAAUAGAUUCAGUAAUACUCUGUUUAUUUACUGUAAACGUACAAAAAA